AUGCCACGUCCUAUUAUGCGUUUGGCGAAGGAGUUGAAGGAGGCUCAGACCAAUCCCGACCCCGACAUCCACCUUGAGCUCUACGAUCCCCACAAGCAGCCUACCCCUACCCCCGCACACGCGCUCAGCCCCAGCGACUACGGCGACGACGGCCCGACCCUCCCCCCUCUGUCCAGCGGCUCGCAUGACAACCUCUUCACGUGGCUUGCCGUCCUGCAGGGCCCUCCUGAUACUCCCUUCGAAGGGGGCUCCUACCGCCUUCUCCUGCGCGUCCCCCGGGACUACCCGAUGAUUCCCCCGACGGCGCACUUCCUGACGCGCGUCUUCCACCCCAAUGUGUCCUUUGCGGACGGGGCAGUCUGUCUGGACAUCCUCAAGACGCGGUGGUCGCCGGCGUGGACGCUGAACUCGGUCUGCCGCGCGAUCUUGAACCUCAUGGCGGAGCCGGACUCCGAUAGCCCGUUUAACUGCGACGCGGGGAAUCUGAUGCGGGCGAACGACAAGGAGGGCUACACGAGUAUGGUACGCAUGUACGCGAUCAUGGACGCGGGGGCACCACCUUUCAAGGACGAAAUUUAA